CCGCGCAAGUGCACUUGCGUCUCACCGUUACCAUAGCGACUGGUCCUCCCGACAGCAGAUCUUCUCUGCCUUGUAAACAUCUGAGCAACUGCAGCUCCGGAGGCCGGGGUCACUGGCGGCAGGUAGGAAACUAUGUGAAAGAAUCUUCUGGUGUCAGAAUUUCUGGGUGUCACUGGAACAUUUGAUCAUCAUUCCUUUGGCAAUUCCAGCCUUCUCUGGAAGGUCAGUAGAAGCAAUUGAUUUAUUCACCUCUACAGGAAUCAGACUCGGCCUAUUUUGAUUUUCAGUGAAUUAUGCCUUUUCGGUUUGGGAUCCAGCCAAGGAGGUUUCCAAUGGAAGGGGGAGACCCUUCAGUUGGGCUGGAGCCUGGGCUGAGCUCCAAUGCUUCCUGUAACGGGAAAGAGAUGUUACCAAGCAGGCAACUCCGAAGAUGCCCUGGAAAUCAUUGCCUGACAAUAACUGAUGUUCCCAUCACUGUCUUUGCAACAAUGCGAAAGCCACCUGCACAAAGCAGCAAGGAAAUGCAUCCUAAAUAGCAUCAUUAAGUCUUUUGUAGAGGUUUGACUAAGUCAAGGGUAAUGGACCAGUAUCAUCUUAUGACCUGGUAAGCAAAUAAAAGUGGUGGCACCUUUGGAUGGUGA